AUGUCCGUCCGUCCUACCCAUCGCCUCAGCAACGAGAAGCUGGCUGACCAUUUCUGUCUCACGCAGCUCUCCCAACCUCAGCCGCACUUACAUGUGCACACUACUGAACUGUCGACCUAUCCUCUCUCUCGCGCAUCACCCGCGCCGCCGUCAAACACCGUCCCCAUCACUGCUUCGCCGUCCGCCAUCAGCAGCUGUGCCGUCGUCAGCAACGCUCUCUCUGUUCGGCGCAAGGCGCACUCACCGAUGUUCGUAUGUUGUUUCCCCAAGGAGUAUUCGACAUUAGCUCACUACUCAGAAGCCCUACUGGGUCUGGGCCUAGGCUGCCUCUGCCUUAGCAUUGCGGAGGGCUUGCGCGAAGAAGGGCCACUCCUCAGGAUGGCUAGAAACGCGCGUAGCCUCUGCGCGGAGGCGUCUAGGGCUGUCGUUUAUCGCCUUGAUCGCAGUGUAGAGAGGGUCCCCUCUAGGGGUAUUCAUGAGGGCUCUAGCUAUGGCUACCCUGACGAUACGCUGCUGAUCGGCGAAAGAGUGCUUGCCGAAUUCGAGGGCUUCGUUUAUCGUAUGGAUGUUGUUCUGCGUAGCGAUGCCCUCAGCCGUUCCCUCGCAGAAGGGCGUGCCUCGCGGGGGAUUGGCGUUCUUGUAUAUCUCUUGUGGUGCGGACAUGGUGAAGAUAUGACGGUUCAUUUAUUUGAUCUCCCGCGCGAGUUGCGGGAUUUGAUCUACCUUCAAUACUUCCUGUGCGAUGGCGGUUACAUCUUGGAUUUCAACAGCAAUAAGCUCAAAUGUGCAGACGGCGCACGCAUUGAUCUGUCGUUGAGGCUUACGUGCAAGAAAAUUGCAAAGGAAACCAACGGUAUAGCACUGUCGUCUAACGCUCUUAGGUUCGUGGCAGUUUGCCCUGAGGAUCAGGAGCAACGUGAAACCGCGGGACGCUUUGGUCUGGCGCUGACAGAGCUGCACCUCACGCAGAGCUCGAAGCUGGACCAGAUCUACCCGGAUACCCUGAGUGUCCCCGAUGAUAUUUGGAAGGAUAUCUCGGCAAUUGAGCCGAGGCUUGCGCCGUAUGUUGAUUUUCUCCGGCGUAGGCCCAACGGCUGGCGCAUCGUGGAAUUUUCGAGUGGCACACGCCGUCGGUUGCCAUCUAUCAUUGAGAGACCUGAGAUCGGCCAUCCUGGAACCUGCGGAGAAACGCCGUCCGUCUUCCGCAAGUUUGUUCGUUCUGCACUAGAAAUAAUUUUAGCGAACAAACAAAGAUUCGAACCGGAAGAGUUCUCUCAGUUCGAAAAGGCGGUGUUCGACUGGGACGAGGCCCGAAUUGAGGGUAUCGUCGGCAUCGACCCCAUUGCAUGGGAGAUCCCGACAUUACAAAGUCUUGACCGGUACUUGCGCGAUAUGUGUCCCGCCACUGCUGCAGAGAUCUCAGAACUGUGGGAAACUCCUAACGGAGGGAUCGACCUAAGACUCAUUAAACAUCACUACUCAGCUGCGGCUACCGCCAUACGGUUUUUAUGCUCUUUGCCUAGGGACUCUCGCUUAAGCAUUCGGAAUAUUAUUCUCAACGAAGAUCGAGCAGCUGUUGCAUUUCCGGAAGCGCACGGCCUAGGUCUCAUUCCAUACUGCCAGGAAAACCCGCGCCUUCGCGUGGAACGCCGCGUCAGUAUGUGGAGAACAGUCUUUCAGACCGAAACGGGCACUUUUAUCUCUCCAGCGAAACCAGACAUUUAUAACGAUGGCCUUCUGGCGGGUCUGAUCUCUCGUCCUGUGGCAGUCUGGAUCUCGGAAGCCCUAGAACUCGAACCCGCCGGAAUGCCGCCUGGCUCCUUCUCGUUAACCUUUGAGGGAGACCAAGCAUGCUCGGAGGUUUUCCGCACCGUUGUGCAACGCGACGCUGCGUGGCAAGCCGCAGUCGACUUAUCUUUGGAAAGGCAGAUUCUCCCUUCAUUGUCGUGGGUUACGAGGAGAGUAGACGGAUGGGCCAAUCACGCAGCUGAGACCAAGUGGUACGUUCUUGAAGGCUUCCCGCAAGCAGUGCAAGAUAUCGUGGCAGGCAAGUCCAUUGUCAAGUGCAACUUUGACGUGGGCGAGGCAUGGGACGUGGAGAAACUGGUUGAAGAGAGGAAGAAUUGGACAAUGAGCGAUUGGCAAAAGCGCUGGGAACGGGGUGGCGACGAACGCGUCAAUCCCGACCCGCCGUCGCCGAAUUAUCUGCAGCUCCUUUGCGACAACAGCUUGGACACGAAUCUACCAGUCAUGUGA